GGGCGCUCCCCGCGCUGAGGGCGGGGGGUCUGUGCCGGGAUCCCCACUCCCAGCCGGCAAGCGGCCGUUCCCAGCGGGCCACGAGGCGAGCCGCCGUGUCCCCGCCAGGCAUUUAGCGCGGACAGCCCGGGCUCGGGGUGCGCCGCGCUAGGCCGCCGGCUGGGUCCUGAGCGGGGCCCUCUAGCUCUCAGCGGCGUCACGUGCGCGACUCCUGGCUGAGGAGAUGCCCCCCAAAGGGAAAAGCGGCGGCAAAAGUGGGAAGGGAGGAGCUGCUGGCGGCGGGGGCAGUGCUGAGAGGCAGGCCCCGGCCCCGAAGGGUGGGGGUAGCUCUGUGAAGGUUAGACACAUCCUAUGUGAAAAGCACAGCAAAAUCAUGGAGGCCAUGGAGAAGCUGAAGUCUGGAGUGCGCUUCAGUGAAGUAGCCUCACAGUACAGUGAAGAUAAAGCCAGACAAGGGCCUGUGCACAUCUGCAGAAGCACUCUAUGUAGAAGUCCAGUCUGUCAUUUUGACCACCAGGAUAAGUCCACGCAGAAUUCUUCUUCUUGUAGUGUUGGGAGACUUGGGCUGGAUGACCAGAGGUUCUAUGGUGGGACCUUUCCAGGAAGCAGCAUUCGCCUUGGCUGUCAGCAGUAUGGAUAAGCCAGUGUACACAGACCCUCCUGUCAAAACGAAGUUUGGAUACCACAUAAUUAUGAUUGAAGGGAGAAAAUAAAAUACAAAAAAGAGUGAAGCUGA